AUGACGCCUUCCAGAUUCUUAGUUUUCCUAUCCCUUGUGCACUGUACUUUGCAGUCACUGGAUGACACAAAAAGAUUUUGGACAAAAGAUGCAUCAACUGGUGUUCACUAUCAGAUAAACUUAGAAUCAACUCUAACUUGGCACCAAGCAAGGAAUAGCUGUCAGCAGCAAAAUGCAGAACUACUAAGCAUCACAGAGAGAGAAGAGCAAACAUAUAUUGGAGAGCUAAUCAAAAAAUACAAUUUUGCUUUCUGGAUUGGAUUGAAUGGUUUGAAUUUCAACAGUGGAUGGCAGUGGGCUGGGGGCCAUCCUUUCAGGUAUUUAAACUGGGCUCCAGGAAGUCCUUUCUCAGCCCCUGGGAAAAUCUGUGGAGUGAUGAGUCCCAGAAAGAAUGCUAAAUGGGAAAACCAAGCAUGCAAUCAGAGACUCAGAUACAUCUGUGAAAAGAGAAACUCCAGUUCAAAGACUGACAUACCCAUGGAGAAAUUGAGACCUGUUAAAUGCACUGAUGGUUGGCAGCCAUAUGCAGGCCACUGUUAUACCAUUCAAAGAGAACCCAAAGUAUGGAAAGAUGCUCUGACUUCAUGUAAGAGACAAGAUGGAGAUCUGGCAAGUGUCCAGAGUGUUGCUGAAUUAAGCUUUCUAGUGUCACAGCUUGGUUACAAGCCAACAGAAGAACUAUGGCUUGGUCUGAACGAUCUCAAGGUUCACUUCUAUUUUGAGUGGAGUGAUGGGACUCCUGUGACGUUCACCACAUGGCAACGUGGACAUCCCACCUACCCAAGUGGUCUAGAAAACUGUGUUGUCAUGAAGGGACAGGAUGGGUAUUGGGCCACUGAUAUUUGUGAUAAGAAACUUGGCUACAUCUGUAAAAAGGAAUCUUCAUCCCAAUCCUCUGAGGAAGAGAAGAUCAAAGACCCAGGCUGCCAAAGAGGUUGGAGAAGACACGGUUUUCAUUGCUAUUUGGUGGGCUCUGCAUUUUUAACAUUCUCAGAUGCAAAUAAGACGUGUGAACAGAACAAAGCAUAUCUCACUACAGUGGAAAACAGAAAUGAGCAAGCCUUUCUAAUUAGUCUGACUGGGCUGAGGCACGAAAAAUAUUUCUGGAUUGGUCUCUCGAACUUCGAAGAGCGUGGGACUUUCAGGUGGACCAGUGGCAAAACUCCUCUCUUCACACACUGGAAUACAGACAUGGCAGGAAAGGAGCGAGGCUGCGUUGCCAUGAGAACUGGCAUUGCUGCGGGGUUAUGGGAUGUUGUCAGCUGCGAGGAGAGAGCAAAUUUUCUUUGCAAACAGCUGACUGGGGAAGCUCCAUCACGGGCGCCCACUGCCACAUGCGCUGCUGGCUGGGACCCCGCGCCCCGGAUGGGCAUGUGCCUCAAGUUUUUUGUUAGGAUGGGAAAUGAAAAGAAGACUUGGUAUGAAGCAGAAGAGUUCUGUAGAGAAAUAGGAGGAAAUCUGGUUACAAUCAAAACAAGAGAAGAUCAAAUUCUAAUAUGGCAAUUAGCAUCGGCUAAAGGACUGAAUACUCAGGCUUUCUGGAUAGGUUUGUUUCACUUAAAUCCUGAUGAAGGAUAUGCCUGGAUUGAUGGUUCUCCUGCAACUUAUGCGUAUUGGGAUGAAGAUGAACCCAACAACUAUCAAGGCACUGAACAUUGUGUGAUGUUUAAUAAAUCACCGCAAAUGCGCUGGAAUGACUUGAACUGCGAAAAUUCACUUAAUUGGAUUUGUGAAGCAGAAAAAGGUAUAUUACUAAAACCUGAGCCGAACAACAGCUUUGAAUAUGAAGUCACUGAUGAUGGAUGGCUUAUAUACAGAGAUAAGCAAUACUAUUUCAGCAGUGAAAAUGCCCACAUGGAAAAAGCCCGAGAAAUCUGCAAGAAAAGCUUUGCAGAUCUUGUUGUCAUUGAGAAUGAAAGUGAAAGAAAAUUUCUUUGGAAAUAUGUAAGCAUUUACAGGAAAGGUGUGAAAAACUAUUUCAUUGGUUUAGUUGCCAGCUUUGAUCGGAAAUUCAGCUGGCUGGAUGAUACCCCUGUGAACUAUGUUGCUUGGGCUCCAGGUGAACCCAAUUUCGCAAAUAAUGAUGAAAACUGUGUGAUAAUGUCAGAUUUUGGCUUUUGGAAAGAUAUCAGCUGUGCUCAGAAAAAUGACUUCAUCUGUGAAAGGCGCAAUUCCACUCACUCGGUGCUUGCUCCUACAUUACUUCCAUUUUUAGGAGGAUGUCCUGAAACUUGGCUUUUGUUUAAUAAUAAGUGUUACAAAAUAUUUGGAUACGCCAUAGAAGAAAGACUGACCUGGCACGCUGCAAGGAGCGCUUGUAUAGAAUCAGGGGGAAACCUGGUCUCUAUACACAAUGCACAAGUGCAAGCCUUCCUCACCCUCCUCCUAAAAGAUAUCUCAGGUGAAACCUGGAUUGGUCUGAAUGAUAUUAACCAGGAGCAUACAUACGUGUGGACAGAUGGAAGUGUAUUUGACUACUCAAAGUGGGGAAGAAAAUUCCCAUUUAGAGACAAAUACAUUAAUAUUGACUGGAAUUUUAUUACGAUAGAGACUGACUGUAUUGCAAUGAUGAAAGGAUCUGAAGAUGAAGCAGGCUCCUGGGGAAACACUGACUGCCAGCACAACAAGAGCUAUAUUUGCCAGAUGGACAGCAAGUCUGAAUUAUUUCAUUCCACACCUGCUUCAGAGUUUGAGUUCAUCCACUAUGAAAAUAGCAGCUAUUUAGUGAUUCCUUCUAAAAUGAGUUGGGAUGAAGCAAGGAGAGCCUGCAAGGAGAAAUCGUCACAGCUCGCCAGCAUUUUAGAUUACUACACUAAUAUAUUCUUGCUGAUGCAGGCAGCACAGCAUGGAGAGCCCCUAUGGAUUGGUCUCAAUAGCAAAGUGAAUGGCUACUACAGAUGGAUUGAUAACAGGAAAAUGAAUUAUUCUGAAUGGAACUAUGGUGAACCCAAAUGGAAAAUAGCCUGUGUCUAUUUAAAUCUCUAUGGAACUUGGAAAACAGCACCUUGUAAAGAAAAACAUUUUCCUGUCUGUCAAAAAUCUGACGGUAUAGCUUCUUAUGAUCUUCCACAGGAGAAUGGCAAGUGUCCUGAAUCUGAUCACAUCUCUUGGAUUCCUUUCCAAAGCCACUGCUAUAACUUCAACUCCGAUGAAGUGAGCUGGUCUCAGUCUGUGACUAAAUGUGUUCAAUCAGGUGGUACUUUGACUUCUGUAGGAGAUCUGGUUGAAUCAAACUUUUUAGCAGAACAUGCAGACUACUUAUCAAGCAGGACAAGUGGGAUUUGGAUAGGACUAUACAGAAAUAUAAAUGGGAAGCUCCUCUGGCAGGACAACACUGCGUUAGACUUUGUCAACUGGGCUGAAGGACAACCUUCAGGGGAUCAGCUUGAUUACUGCGUAGAAAUGUCUACCUCUUCUGGGUACUGGAGUAUCAUUUCAUGUUCUUCGCAAAGGGGAUAUGUUUGUAAGCGGUCAAAGAUUAAAGCAACUUCACUUAUUCCAGCAAAUGUGGAAGAUGCUGAAAAGGAGAUGCCACAUGGUCACACCACAAUUUGGAUGCUACUUAGUCUGAUCCUGCUUAUUUUAGUAGGAAUGGCCUUCAUGAUUUAUUUCUUAUUCAAGCUCAAAACCCAAGACAAUUGCUUUUUGCAGCGCAGCACACUAGACUACAGCAAUGCUCUAACUGGAACAGGCGAUGAAAAUGAUUUUCUGACUGACAAAGAAAUAAAUGAACACAGUGUUGUCUAA